CAGGCGCCUGACUCGUUGUCGGAAACCCAGCGCCCUGGCUCGCGGUGGGCUGCGCGCGCACUCGCUGCUCGGUGACCGGCGGCUGGAAGCGGUAGGUUUGCCGUGGGCGGGACAGGCGAGGACGGUUUGGACUGUGUAAAGGACCACAAUUUUGGAUCAAUGGUUACAAAAAGAUAGCAGGUCAAAAGUGGGAAAUCAUACUCUUGAAGUGAAAAAAUGAGUUCAUUGAAACCAAGUGGGCUGAAGGCGCCUUCUAAAAUAACAAAACCUGGUACUGUAGCUGCUAAGUCAUCUGCUGCUGUUACAGCUCCCCCAGUAAAAGCAGUAGAAAAAUCUCCCAGUGCGCCUGCUGUAGAAACUCCUGAAGGUUUUGUGGAUGAUUUUAGAGUUGGGGAACGUGUCUGGGUUAAUGGAAAUAAACCUGGAUUUAUUCAGUUCCUUGGUGAGACACAGUUUGCUCCAGGACAAUGGGCAGGAAUUGUUUUAGAUGAAGCAAUUGGAAAAAAUGAUGGUGCUGUUGCGGGUGUUCGAUACUUCCAGUGUGAUGCCUUAAGGGGUAUUUUCACAAGACCAUCAAAGUUAUCACGUAACCCUUUAGAAGAGGAAAGCAAUGGCACACAAACUGCACCUGUAUCUCGAGCUACCUCACCAACAUCUGCAUCAUUGUCUUCUAGUAUGGUAUCUCCUCCACUAACUACUGCACCAACUCCUCUUAAAAGCACCACAACUCCUGCCAAGGAGUUUUCUACACCGGCAUCAAUCAGCAACCUUACUAGAACUGCAAGUGAAUCCAUAUCAAAUCUCUCUGAAACCGGAUCCGUUAAAAAAGGAGAAAGAGAGUUAAAGUUGGGCGACAGAGUUUUGCUCCUGUCUUCUUUGGUGACUGAAAGAUCCAAGGAAGUAAGCGGUUCAAAAGCUGGAGUGAUCCGAUUUCUUGGCGAGACCGAUUUUGCAAAAGGUGAAUGGUGUGGCGUUGAACUAGAUGAGCCUUUGGGGAAAAAUGACGGAGCUGUGGCAGGGACAAGAUACUUUCAAUGUCAACCAAAGUAUGGAUUAUUUGCACCUGUGCAUAAAGUUACACGAAUUGGGUUUCCAUCAACAACGCCAGCCAAAGCCAAAACCACCGUAAGAAAAGUACCUGCAACACCCAGUACUCCAGCAUCCCUGAAACGCAGUCCCAGUGCAUCCUCAAUUAGUUCCAUGAGUUCUAUCUCCUCUUCCGUGAGCAACAAACCAAGUCGCACAGGAUUGCUCACAGAAACAUCAUCCCGAUAUGCAAGAAAGAUCUCUGGGACAACAGCUUUGCAGGAAGCCCUGAAAGAGAAGCAGCAGCACAUUGAGCAGCUAAUGGCAGAGAGGGACAUGGAAAAGGCUGAGGUUGCAAAAGCCACAAGCCAUGUUGGAGAGGUUGAACAGGAGCUAGCAGUGAUAAGAGAUGGACAUGACCAGUAUGUGAUGGAAAUGGAAUCAAAGCUAGAUCAGUUACAUUCCAUGGUAGAAGCAGCUGACCGAGAAAAAGUUGAACUUGCUAACUUGCUUGAAGAAGAAAGAAGGAAAGUCGAGGACCUUCAAUUCCGUGUCGAGGAAGAAUCUAUUACGAAGGGGGAUUUAGAGACGCAGACCAAACUGGAGCAUGCCCGCAUUAAGGAGCUUGAACAGAGCCUGCUUUUUGAAAAGACCAAAGCUGACAAACUUCAGAGAGAGUUAGAAGAUACUAGGGUGGCAACAGUUUCUGAGAAAUCUCGCAUAAUGGAGUUGGAAAAAGAUUUGGCUAUGAAAGCCAAAGAAGUAGUGGACCUUAGACAAAGAUUAGUAGAGUGUAGUAAGCAGACUGGUGAUGUGGACACAUCACUUUCACUUUUGCAAGAAGUCAAUUCUUUGCAAGAAAGCAUUGCUGUAAUGACCAAGGAACAUGAGCUAGAACAUUCUGCUCUCAAAGAGAAGCUAAAAAAGGUAGAAGUAAACAGCGAAAAAGAGAUUGGAACCCUCAAAACCUCUGUGGAAAAGAUAUCCAAGGAGAAUGAGACAUUGAAAGUAAAGCUUAACCAUGCGGAUAAAGAAAAUGCAGAUGUAAUAGAACUUUGGAAGUCCAAAUUGGUAUCUGCAGUCAGUUCACAUCAGAAAGCAAUGGAAGAGCUCACUAUUUCCGUUAAUAAAGGUCCAAGCACAGACACCUCUGCUUUAAUUGAACUUAAGGCUCAAAUAGAAAAUCAAAAAUUAGAACAUCAGAAAGACACAGAGCAGCUUAAAUCUAAACAAGAUGCAGAGCGGACUGAACACUUAAAAGAAAUGGAACAUUUGAAGACUAAACUCCAAGAAUUGAGUGAAGCAAGAGAAUCCGAACUUGAAACCUUGAAAUCCAAGUUGGAGGCUGCAGAAGAACAGCAUCUAAUAGAGAUGGAAGAUGCAUUAAAUAAACUCCAUGACACUGAAGUUAAGGUAAAGGAGCUAGAGGCUCUGCAAGAUCAAUGCAGAGAUCAGAGUCAUACCAUUGAUAAGUUAACAGCUCAAGUGAAAGAGACGGAGAAGAGACUUUUGAAUCUUGAUACAGUGCAGAAAGUAGAGUCUGAGUGCAGGUUGGAGAUUUUAAAUCUUAAGGAGAAACUCGAGGCAGCAGAAUCACAAAUUAAAAAUCUUGAAUCUGAAAAGAUUUCUGAAACCAGCAAGUCCAGUGACUUAACUAAAGAGUUGCUGGAGCGUGAUGAAAAACUUGCUGCCCUCGAGAGCAAUUUAAGUUCAGUGGUUGAGACCAAAGUCUCCUUUGAAAAGGAAAUAGAAGAAUUGAAAAAGCGCAUUAAUAGCUCAAAUGAAGAAGAAAAUGUACUUAGAAACACGUUGCAAGUUCUGGAGAAGAAGGUGAAAGAGAACGAAGAAAAAGAACGACACUUGUUGUCUGCAAAAGCAAAACUGGAAGAUCAGAUAUCUGAAAUGAUUCAGUCUUCAGGAGAUAGCUCUAUUCAACUUACCAAAUUAAAUGAACAACUAAAAUCUAGAGAGAGGAACUUGGAAGAGCUACAAGCUGAACUCUCUUUAGCCAAAGAAAGUGUGAUAAAGCUAAAAGACACCAUUGAUCAAUGCAAAUCUGAAGCUAAACGUUCCUCUGAGGAAACUCAGGAAUCCCACCAUGCUGAGAUGAAGAAGAUGGAUUCUCAGAUAGCAGAACUGAAAUUGUUAAUUGAAAAAAGCCAGAAUGAAAAUAAAGAACAACAAAAGGUGCAUGAGAAAUCAAUAGCUGACUUAGUUAGCCAGCACCAGACACUGGUUGCUGAGCUAAAACAAAAUCUGCAGGCAAAAGAUGAGUUGUUGGAAGCUGCACAAAGAACACAUGCCGAGGAGCUAAAUCAGGAAGCAGAGCAGGCAAAGUCUUUAAUCUGUGUGUUAGAAUCUACAAGAAAAGAGCUUGAACUAAAAACUGAAGAGAUGAGGGUAUUGAAAAUGGAGAAAGACUUGCUGGCCCAAGAGGCAAAUAACUUAAAGCUAGUGGUGGAUUCAUUGCACUCAAAGCUCGCAGAGCUUGAAUCCAGCUUUGAAGUGUUACAGAAGGAACACAGACAGCUGUUUUGUGUAAAUGAAAAACUUAAUGUUGAACAUAAUUGCCUUUUUGCUGAAAAAAAAGAACUUGAAAAUAAAUCACAUGCCCAAAACAUUGCCAGUGAAACCAUAGCCUCCGAGAAAGAAAAGCUGCAGUAUGAUUUGGAAAGUGUGAAGCAGGAACUUUUGAAGGUCACGUUUGACAAUGAAGACCUGCAAUCUUCAAUGACCACAAUGGGUGCCACUUUGAAAGAUCUCCAGGGAAGUAAUGAAGCAAUGGUGGCAAAAUGUGCAGAACUCGAGGUUGAAAAUCAUGAAAUUCAAGAGCAACAGAAAACUUUGAAUGAAGAAAAAAAUGUUCUUGCCAAAGAAAAAGAUGAAAUUAUUGAAAUGCUUAAGAAAAGAACAGAAGACAUGACAUGUAAGCUCAGAAACUUGGAAGGAGAAAUGGAUAAUCUCAAAGCUGAAAAAGAAAUUAAUCUGGCCAAGGUGUCUGAUUUAACGGAAGAGAAGGAAAUGUUAACUAAAACCUCUAGCAACCUGAAAUCUGAAAAGGAACAUCUUCUGAUUGAGCAAAGUGAACUAAAUAGAUUAUUAGAUAAUGCACUUCAAGAAAAAGAAAAGUUAAAGCUUGAGUAUAAUGCUAUAGAAAUAGAACUAAAUUCAGCACAGACACAAUUGGACAAGUCAGUCAAAGAAAAUGUAGAACUUCUGAAAAGUAAAGAUGCCUUGCUUAUCAUGUGUGCGAAGAUAGAAAAGGAAAAGCUUGUGCUGGAAGAGUUGAAGAAGCGGCUCACAGAGGAAAACAUUCUGAUUAGCAACGAGAGAGAUGGCGUCAUCCAAAUGCUUACAGAGUCAAAGGAAGGCAUGGCGAGCGACCUCAUGAACCUUAAUAAUAAAAUAUCUGGACUUGAAAUUAAAAGGCAAACUAUGUUGACAAAAAUCACAGACCUAGAGAACACGGUUAGUAUUUUAACUGAAGAGCGUGAUGAAUCUGUGAAACAGAACAAAGACCUGGCCGCUGAAAAAGAACACGUUUUAGUAAAGCAAAAUGAACUAAAUGCUGUAUUAAGUGAGACCCAACAGGAAAAAGACAAAAUAAGCUCUGAUUAUAAAACAUUGACAGCAGAAAUGGCUGGAGUAAGAAAGCAACUUGAUAGGACAAUAAAAGAUAACGAAGAGCUUCAAAUUUCUAAAGAGAGGUUAUCCAACUGCCUGGAAGAGAUCAAGACCAGUAGUAGCGCUACAGACUCUGAGCGUGUCAGUUUGCUGCAAGAAAAAGAAAAACUACUUGCGUCGGAGAGGAAACUGUUAGCGGAAAAUGCUGACCUUGUAAAACAAAAUGAUGAGGUUACAGCUAGGUUUCAGACGUUAAUAGACGAAUCUGAGCUGGCAAUGAAAAAAGAAAUAGAUAAUUUAAAAAAUCUGAAUGAGUCGUCGUGUCUACAGUUGUCUAGCUUGAAAAAACAACUACAAUUGGUCACUGAAGAGAAAAUCUCACUUGAAACAAAGCGUGCUGAACUUGAAUCUAAAGAGCAGUUGCUUAUUGAUGAACUUUCGAACUUUAAAGAUAAAUGUGAGCUUUCAAGUUCUUCAAACAUAUUGUUAAUUGAGGAGAAGAAACGUCUUUUUGGAGAAGUUGAAUCUAUGAAUGCCAAGCUCAUUGAAGCAGCACAGAAAGCUGAAGAAUUGACUAAAGCAAAUGGCGAUCUCUCAGUGUUGUUGGAACAAACUGUGCAAGACAAAUCUUAUUUGCAGGUGGAAUAUGAAAAUCUUUUGUUUGAAAAGAAAUCAUUGUUAGAAGAGUAUAACAAAUGUUGUUCUGAUAAGGAUUUGUUGAUAAAAGAUAAAAAUAUCUUGGAUGAAAAAUGUAAGGAAUUUAAUGUAAGUUUUCACAGUUUUGAACAGCGGUUAAUAGAAGAGAGAGAGAUGUUUGCAACUGAAAAGCAGUCUUUAGAGAUGAAAAAUGCAGAUCUUCAAAAAAGUAUGGAUACCACGAUAGAGGAGAAAGAACAGUUUCUGUUCCAGAACAAAGAGCUUGUAAGUGAAAAGCAUAAGCUUCUAGAACAGAUCGCAAAUACAGAAAAUAGUUUGCACACACUUGUUAAGGAAAGGGAGCUUUUAGAGCUCAAGAGUAAUGAUCUCUCUGACAAGUAUGAAGAACUGAAGUGUGCAUUAGAGUCCCUAACGAAGUCAAAAAUGGAACUCCAGAACUCUCAUAAUCUAGUUUGUAAAACCUUGGAAGAUCUUCGAAGUGGCCAUGAAAUUAGCGUGUCAGAACUGGAAAAACUAUGCAAAGAGAAAUCAGAUUUAGUUUCUGCCCAUGAGAAUCUGAUUGCCUCAAAUGCCAAAAUCUUAAAAGAGAAUGAAUUAAUUGCUAGUAAUUAUGAAAAGCUUUCCCUUGAGGUUGAUGUUCUAACAAAAGAAAAGCUUCAAGUUGCUUCAGCUGCCCAAGCUCUAGAGAACAAACAACAAGCUUUAAUAAAUGAAAAUGAAGAACUGUUGAUGAGGUUGAAGGAACUUCAGUCUCUUCAAAUCAACACAGAAAAGACAAAAAAUGAGGUUUCUCAGAUGGCGGAGGAAACCUCCCGACUUGUUGAACAGAUAACUGCUGAAAAAAAUACAAUGUUCCAAGAAAAGGUAGACACGCUUUCUGCAUUGGAUGAACUUAGGAAGCUUCACAGCAAACUGCAAAAGGAAUUCAACAAUCUUAAAGACCAGCAUAAAUCUGCCGGAGAACAAGUAACCGUGGCUAAUGAGCUUCUUAGAGGAGAAUGCCUAAAAACAGAAACACUGAGAAAGGAAUUGGAAGAAGUAAAGCUGGCAGCAGAACACAAGUCCCGACAGCUAGCUGCUCUGCAGGAGGAGAACCUCAAACUUGCAGAGGAGCUUGGAAGGAGCAAAGAGGAGUUCACAACUCACCAAAAGCUUGAAGAGGAGAGAUCGGUAUUAAAUAAUCAGCUACUAGAGAUGAAAAAAAGCUUACCCAGUAACACACUAAGAGAAUCCUUGAAACAGAAAGCAUUUGAUGAAGAGAAGACUUCUCUACAGAGUUCUCUCACCGCUACCAGUGCCUUGAUCAUUGAAAAGGACAAAGAGCUUGACAGGCUUAGAAAUGAGGUUAUAGAGCUGCGGGGAGAGAAAGAGUCUGCAAAGAAUUUACAGUCAGCAGUGAGGUCAUUAGAAUAUGAAAAAGUGACUUUGGAGAAAAAAGUACAGAAUUUAGAAAAGGAACUCAAUGAAAACAAGAGACAGCUGAGCAAUGUAUCUGACUCAUCAGGUGAUGGAUCUUUUAACAGCCAGUUCCAGGAAGAAAAGGCCUCAUUGGAAAGCCAGAUUGAUUUCCUCAAUUCUGUCAUAAUAGACCUUCAAAGAAAAAAUGAUGACCUAAAAUUAAAAUUGGAAAAGAUGAUCGAAGCAUCGCUCAAUGGCAACACCCUGGAAGAAAUGGAUAACCACGACAGCUUGAAUGGCACUCAAACCAAGAAAAAAGUCCCCCCUCGUCUUUUUUGCGAUAUUUGUGACUGUUUUGAUCUCCACGAUACAGAGGAUUGUCCCACACAGACUCAACUGCCUGAAUCACCACCUCAUUCCAACUUCCAUGGUAACAGGAAAGAAGAGCGUCCCUACUGUGAUAUCUGUGAGGUAUUCGGACACUGGACAAAUAGUUGCAACGAUGAUGAGACCUUCUAGAUUUAUGUCUGCAAAACGUCAAUAUGAUCGAUUGACCUCACCAGCAUUUGCAUACACAGGAUUCAGAAAACUGCAGACAGUUGUUUACACAUAUUUAAUAUCAAAUAUGCAUAUUAUUUACAUGGAUUGGCUGAAUUUGGACUUUGAUUAUAAAUCUUUAUAAUCCAUAUGUUUUUUUCUGCAUUAACCUUGCUUCAUUAUAACAUUUAAGGGCUUGCAAAGUUAUUCGAUCUUACAUAAAUCUUCAUGCAAUAUUAACUUACAGACAUCCAUCCAUCCAUCCAUACAUGCAUAUCAAGCUCAAGUUUCAUAAUUGCACUUUUUACAUAUAAAUGCCUUUUACAUUUUGACACUGGAUGUAUUCUACAUAUCAGUUAAUUAUUUUGCUUCUUCUAUAAAAGCAUAAUUACAGAUAAAAUGAUUUAACACCAAUCUAAUGCUGUUGAAACAACACCCAUACACACUAAUGCAAUAUAACAUACACCCCAGAAAUGUACCCAUUAACCAGAAAACCAAAUUACAAGAGUCCUACUGGAAAGAUCCAGCGGUGGUGGGAUUGAUGGAAAUACUCUGCUGAAAUGUCUAUGCACUAAGGGAGAUGUAAUCACUAUGGUGUUUGUUUUAUAUUCAUUCUAUUGUAUUUAUUCAGUAGUUGGAAAAUUUGCCUUUGAGUGUUUUGGGAAUAUAUUCGAAAAACUACUCAUGACUUUGGUUUUUAACUUGGCCUAUGACCUAGCAGUUUCUUUCCAGCCCCAUAAAAUAAUUUUGUCUGAUAUCUACAGUCCUUAGUUUAUGGUUUCAUUGCAAUUUCAGUCUAAGAGCAAUUUGUUUGUCGAUGCCUUUAUUUACUCAUUUCAUCUGUUUUAUGUCUACUUUUCCUUCCAGUACUAAUGUAUCGUGAAGACUUCUUAAUUUUUCUUAUUCACUGAUUUUUGAAGAAAAUGGUUAACAGGGCAAGAUGUUAAAAUAUGUGGUUAUACAAAAUUUUAGUUAUUUGUAUUCGUUGAUGGGGACAAAAACCUAUAGUCAACAAAGAGUGUAUCAGAAAUUCCACAUGUCUAUCAUAUUUCAAUGAUAUGUAAAGCGUUUACUGUAACAUUUGCAUACCACUAGGUGGAAACAAAACUGAGCCUAAUGUUUUUGUACACAGCAUCACAUUUUGAAGAUAGCGGUUAUUGCUAUUGACGAACUUCAUUUUCCGAAAAUUCUUAUUCACUCUACAGCUGCUCAAGUAUACCUGGUGUUAAUUCACAUGCAUCUUUGCAUUGAUUGCAAAUGUAUGUGCACAAAGCAAAACUUAUAAAAUGAGUCUCCUGCAAAUAGAGCUUGUUGCUACUACUGCAGCAUAAUUCAGGAAGUGUACCAGAUUGGUCUACUGAAAAAUUCAAAGAAAUUCAAGCAUGUGAACAAACUGUUUGGUUUAUUUCCUAGUGCCAAGAACAAAGUUGCUGUAAAUGCUUUAUUGUAUCUAAACUUAAAUAUUGGGGACAUUUUAGAUACACACUACAUAUAUAUUUUAUAGCCAUUAUAAAACAAAUUAUUUGUUUUUGGAGGGGGGGCAGAGAGGUUUUAAGCAUAUUAUAUUUUCAGACCAUGAUGAAACAAGAAGAAUGUUAUAGUGAUCCAACAUCAAAUGAGUGUUACUGCACAGUAUUUGAAUGCACAUGAAAAACCUUUAUUCAUUUGUGCGUUGCUGUCCCUUUAAACUGCACCAUGUGUUAAUCUCGGAAGAAAAAUGGCAAUUAAAGGGUGUUCUGAAAAACUUGCUGUUCCUUUAACCUUUAAAUUUAUGGGUUGGAUUGUACAUUUCCUAAAUUACAUUUUGUAGCUUACACGCCACAUUAACAGCAAAACCUAAAAACCUUCCAACUCUGCAUUCCAUUUACCAAGUGGAAUCACAGGGUAACAGGUUCAAAUACCUGAAUAAUCUGGGAAAUUCCUAAAAUCUGGUUCCGUUUGUGCCUACAGCAGAAAAAUACCACUAUGAAAUACAAUUUUUCAUUGUUGAUCAAUUGAAAUUAGAUUUGAUAAUCCCUUUUUACUGAACAAACUGCAUUAUCCACAUAUCCUCACUUACCUAGUGUUUUUGAAUUAAUUUAAUUCCUUUUCCCUUUACCCUUAUGUAAUAGAGAUCUAUUUAUCAUACCGAUGGUGUACUUACACCUUAUGCUAUUACUGUAUAAAGAAUGUUUAUAGAGUAAAUUCCUAAAUUAAUUUGUAUUAGAUAGACUUGAACAUAUUUGAAUAUGUAUAUGAAUUGGAUGUUGAAUAUUAAAUGUAUAGUAGAUGUAAGAAUGGAUGAUUGUAAAUAUACAUAUUCUUCCUGAAUAAAGUUUAAAUGAGUGCUUCAAACUAAGUCAAGAAUCUCUUGAUCAACCUAAUGUAUUAAAAACCAGUACAUAUUAAUUUUUCAUGUGAUAAGUGUUCUUAAGUGGGUUUUUCUUAUAUUGAGAAUUCUGUACCUGGCUUUCCACAGAUGAAUUUGUAAUUAGCAAAUAAAGGUGCAUUAACUUAAACUAAUUAUGUGUUCUUGUCAUAUAAGGGCUGUUCUAAAUUGUAUGCCAUCAAUAAACUUUUCACAGUUCAUUA